UCUUUCCCUUUUAUUUUUUUAAUUUUAAACGUCUCCAAAUCUCCUUUUCCAUAACGCUUCCAUUUAGAUUGUUUUUGCUCAUUGUAGUCUCAGUUAAUCAACUCCUGAAUCAAUUUCACACAACCAUUUCCUGAAAUAUCUACACCCCCAGCUGCCUGUGUCCCCUUUUCUUUUUCCCCGCGAACCUCAUUCUCUGGAUUGAUAGAGCUUGCCAGAACCCCUUUUGUUUUAUUUUGAUUUUCUUUUGAAACUUUGAUCUAGCUGAUUUGGUACCAAAAGAGCGAGAAAGGAAGUGGAAGGUGGAAAUGGAGAGGCGAGGGCGUGGUCGUCUUCAACCUCGAAACGUUUCUUCUUCUUCUCGAGAAUCAACGGUUUCUCGCACGAACAGGUUCGCUUCGAAACCCAACUCGACUCCCAAGUCCUCGAGUAGAGUUGCAAGUGGCGGUGAAAAAGCACAAAGCGACGGCGUAGAUGACCCUUCCGACCUUCCCGCCAUUGUGGGUACUUGCCCUUUGAGGUGCCCAGAAAGAGAGAGAGCUCAGCGAGAGCGGCUUCGAGAUUUAGCAGUGUUUGAGAGGCUAAAUGGAAAUCCAGCUCAAUCAUCUCCAGACCUUGCCGUUAAAAAGUUUUUCAGAACUAUAUCCACCAAACAAGUUGAAGCAUCAGAUGUCCGGCCGCUCCCUGUGUUGGAAGACACUUUAAAUUAUCUUUUAAACUUGUUUGAUUCUAGAGAAUAUCCCUUUGAAGUGGUUCAUGACUUCCUCUUUGAUCGAACAAGGUCGAUAAGGCAAGAUCUUAGUAUGCAGAAUAUUGUCAACAACAAAGUAAUCCGCAUGUAUGAGAAAAUGGUCAAAUUUCAUGUGAUAUCUCUUCACAAGCUUCGGCAUUGUAGCAGUCAAAAUAAUACUUCUUCAAUGAAUUACCUUAACAAGGAGCAGCUUGCAAAGACUCUGACAUCUCUAUUUAAUAUGUAUGAUGCAAAUCGAGAUUCCAGUUCUACAUAUGAGAAUGAAGCUGAGUUUUGUUCGUUUUAUGUGCUACUUCAUCUUGGUUCUAACAGCCAACCAAUGGGGGAGUCACUUUCGUGGUGGUUUCGUAAUGUUCCUUCCACGUUAUUGAAAUCUAAGGAAAUUUGCUUUUCCCGAAAGAUUUUACGAUUAUUCCGGAUAGGCAACUAUAAUUGUUUCCUAAGCACUAUAGCAGCUGAAGCAUCUUAUCUUCAAUACUGCAUUCUUGAACCUUAUGUCAAUGAGGUUCGAGCGCUAGCUGUGUCAUGUAUAAAUAAUGGUGGAUACAAGCUUCAUCCAUACCCGCUGGCAAACUUAUCCAAGCUCUUGAUGAUGACGGAAUCAGAUUUGGAAUCAUUUUGCAAAGCUUGUGGUCUUGAGAUUUGUACAAAUGAAGAAGGAUAUAAUUUGUUACCUACUAAGCAAACCACCUUUUGUCAUCCUAAGGAUGGGUUU